AUGGAUAGAGGGCAAGAAGAGAUGCAAUUUCUAGGGUUCUUUGGCAUAUUCAAGGAAUCCUACAAAAUCAUCUCAUCAUGGAGAAAGCUCUUCACUAAUAUCACUUUAGCUUUCAUCCUUCCUCUAUCCUUCAUUUUACCUUGUUCACGUGCAAUUGUUUACACCAUCGCCUGCAUACAUGCAGCCCGGGAACUCACGUUCAAGACAAUCAUAAGCGUUGUUCCCAAGGUCUGGAAGAGGCUGCUUGUUACUUUCUUGAGUAUUUUUUUUGUCAUUUUUCUCUAUCUCGUUGUAGCUGCCCUUGUCUUGAUUAUUUGGGCAGUUUCAGUGGGACAAAUGCACGUUAUGGGUGUUGCAGUGUUAGCCGUUUUAGUGGUUUUGUUCACCUCGGGGCUCUUCUAUUUGGCCACAAUCUGGCACUUGGCCACCACUGUAUCUGUUUUAGAAGAGACAUAUGGGUUUGCAGCCAUGGUGAAGAGCAAAAACCUCAUCAAAGGAAAGCUAGGGUUGGCGAUAGCCGUGUUUUUUAUCCUGCAACCGGCGAUGGGGUUAAACCAUAUGGCAUUCAAGAGGCUGGUUGUGGAAGGAACCGACAUGGGCAUGGCUAACAGGGUUGUGUAUGCAAUCAUUUGUUUCUUGUUGCUUUCCACGGGGAUUCUCUUCCAAUUAGUCAUCCAGACAGUGGUUUACUUUGUCUGCAAAUCGUACCACCACGAAAACAUCGACAAAUCUGCCUUGUCGGAUCACCUGGAAGUUUAUAUGCUGGGAGACUAUGCUCCUUUGAAGGCUAAGGAUGUUCAACUUUUUCGUGUUUGA